AUGACGUCAGAGGAGUCCCUAUGGGCACUAUACGAGCGCUGGUGUGAGCAUCACAAUGUGAGGCGCGACCUUGGUGACAAGGCCAUGCGCUUCAGCGUAUUCAAGGAGAACGCUCGCAUGAUCCACAAAUUCAACCAAGGUGACGCACCCUACAAGCUAAGCCUCAACCUCUUUGGUGACAUGACCAACGAAGAAGAGGUUGACCACAUGCACGGUCGCUGCUCUGACCGCGUGUCAGAUGGCGGGAAGCGACGCCAAGGCCGGUUCACACACGGUGCCGUUGCAGCGUGCAACGACUUCCUGAUGUUCGUAGAUUGGCGGAUGAUAGGGUAUGACGAACGUCCGCCGGCAGUGACAAACGUGAAGAUCCAGAGAGGGUGCGGACCUUGUUGGGCCUUUGCGGGGGCGGCGGCAGUGGAGGGCAUCAAUUCCAUAAGGACCAGGAGUCUGAAGUCGUUGUCCGUGCAGCAGCUCAUAGACUGUGACAAGAGAAGUUUUGGAUGUCGUAACGGCAGAGUGGCAUCGGCCUUCAAGUACAUUAUCGACAACGGCGGCAUCGCCACAGAGGCUGACUACCCAUACAUUGCCGGUGAGCAUGGCUAUUGCUUGGUGCCAAAAAGAAAGAACCCCGUUGUCACCAUCGACGACUUCAAAUGGGUGCCGAAUAAUGAUGAGGUGGCAUUGCUGCAGGCGGUGGCGGCCCAACCCGUCGUUGUGGUGGUUGACACAAGGAGCUUCCGACGUUAUGGAGGAGGUGUCUUUGUGGGUCCGUGUGGGACGAAUCAGACCCAUGGAAUGAUGGUGGUGGGCUAUGGCACCACCGAUGAGGAUGAUCCCAAGAAACGCAUAGAUUACUGGAUAAUAAAAAACUCAUGA